UAGCCCUCUCCGGAGCGCGCCGAUGAGAAUUUUCUGGCGGCGCCGGAAGUCCGGGGCACGUGACCGGGUGACAGCGCCUGGCGGAGCAGCUUGGCUCGCUGGCUGGCGGCGCCGCGGCCCGGGAUGGCGGAGGCUCCUCCAGUAUCAGGUACGUUUAAAUUCAAUACGGAUGCUGCUGAAUUCAUUCCCCAGGAGAGAAAAAAUUCUGGCCUGCAUCGUGGGACCCAGAGGCGGCUAGAUUCUAAUAAGAUUGGGAGAAGAAAUUACACCUCUCCACCGCCCUGCCACCUUUCCAGACAGGUUCCUUAUGAUGAGGUCAGCGCUGUUCAUCAGCACACUUACCACCCUUCAGGCAGCAAACCCAAAAACCAACAGACUUCCUUCCAUUCCGCUGCUUCUGGUAAAUCACUCAAGAGCCAGGCCCUUCAGAAUCAGCCUUGGCAGAAAUUGAGGAGUGACAAGCAGCAGGUCAGAGUCAAGAGAACACAGAGUCUCACUGACCAGACCUCAGAUGUAGCCAGUUUAGAAAGUGGGUCCAGGCCAGAGAGCGGGAACCCCAGAGAGCAGAGCCCUUCUGAGAGUGAGAAGGAAAUUGUCAGCGCAGACCCUCGGGGAGCAAAGCCCAAAAAAGCCACUUCAUUUGUAUACAGCUAUGGGAGAGGACCAAAAGUCAAGGGGAAAAUCAAAGGUGAAUGGGGUAACAGAGUGCCUCUAAAACCCGAGGAUGUUGGACCGGAAAAUAACAAACCAGUGGGGGUUAUCCACCCCGAUUCUUCAGAUGCGCCCUUUAGAAAAGGGGUCCUAGAUGGGUAUGCAGUGAGGCGCAACGAGCAGAGAAGAUACCCACAGAAAAGGCCUCCCUGGGAAGUGGAGGGGGCCAGGCCCCGGCCAGGCAGGAAUCCUCCAAAACAGGACAACCAGCGGCAUGCAAGUGCAGGCCCCCGGAACAACAUGGCCCCCAUUCCAAAGUAUACUCUCAGCGACAGACCAGCAAAAUCUGCCUGUGACAACGGGAACUUGGCCGUCAUCAGCAAGCCUUCCAGAAGGGUUGACCCAGAAAAAUGUGCUGGAAGGAGGCAGAAUCCUUCAGCAGUAUCUCCUUUCCUCCGAGGCAAGCAGAACCACGUGCUGAAGAACGUGGAGACACACACAGGUUCUCUGAUUGAACAGCUGACAACAGAGAAAUACGAGUGCAUGGUGUGCUGUGAGUUGGUGCGUGUCACAGCCCCGGUGUGGAGCUGCCAGAGCUGCUACCAUGUGUUCCACCUGAGCUGUAUCCAGAAGUGGGCCAGGUCUCCAGCCUCUCAAGCAGAUGGCCAGAGUGGCUGGCGGUGCCCCGCAUGCCAGAAUGUUUCUGCACACGUUCCUAAUACCUACACUUGUUUCUGUGGCAAAGUGAAGAACCCAGAGUGGAGCAGAAAUGAAAUUCCACACAGUUGUGGUGAGGUUUGUAGAAGGAAGCAGCCUGGCCAGGACUGCCCACAUUCCUGUAAUCUACUCUGCCAUCCUGGGCCUUGCCCGCCAUGCCCUGCCUUUAUGACUAAAACCUGUGAAUGUGGACGAACCAGGCACACGGUUCGUUGUGGUCAGGCUGUCUCAGUCCACUGUUCUAACCCGUGUGGGAAUAUUUUAAAUUGUGGGCAACACCACUGUGCUGAGUUGUGCCAUGGGGGACAGUGCCAGCCUUGCCGGAGCAUAUUGAAUCAGGUAUGCUACUGUGGCAGCACCACCCGAGAUGUACUGUGUGGAACAGACAUAGGAAAAUCUGAUGGAUUUGGUGACUUUGCCUGCUUAAAGAUAUGUGGCAAAGAUUUGAAAUGUGGGAGCCAUACGUGUUCUCAAGUGUGCCAUCCUCAGCCGUGCCAGCCAUGCCCACGGCUUCCCCAUUUGGUGCGCUAUUGCCCUUGUGGACAAACUCCUCUCAGCCAGUUGCUGGAACGUGGAAGUAGUGGUCGGAAAUCAUGCAUGGAUCCUGUCCCUUCAUGUGGAAAAGUGUGCGGCAAGCCUCUGUCUUGCGGGUCCUCAGAUUUCAUUCAUACCUGUGAAAAGGUCUGCCAUGAAGGAGAAUGUGGACCAUGCUCUCGCACAUCAGUUAUUUCCUGCAGAUGCUCUUUCAGAACAAAGGAACUUCCAUGUACCAGUCUCAAAAGUGAAGAUGCUACAUUUAUGUGUGACAAGCGCUGUAACAAGAAGCGGUUGUGUGGACGGCAUAAAUGUAAUGAGAUCUGCUGUGUGGAUAAGGAGCACAAGUGUCCUUUGAUUUGUGGGAGGAAACUUCGUUGUGGCCUUCAUCGAUGCGAAGAGCCUUGUCACCGUGGGAACUGCCAGACCUGCUGGCAAGCCAGUUUUGAUGAAUUAACCUGCCACUGUGGCGCGUCAGUGAUCUACCCGCCAGUUCCCUGUGGCACCAGGCCCCCUGAAUGUACCCAGACCUGCGCCCGAGUCCAUGAGUGUGACCAUCCAGUCUAUCAUUCUUGUCACAGUGAGGAGAAAUGUCCCCCGUGUACUUUUCUAACUCAGAAAUGGUGCAUGGGCAAACAUGAGUUACGCAGCAACAUCCCCUGUCACCUGGCUGACAUCUCCUGCGGACUGCCCUGCUGUGCCGACCUGCCCUGUGGGAUGCACAAGUGUCAGAGACUCUGUCACAAAGGAGAGUGUCUCGUGGACGAGAUCUGCAAGCAGCCCUGCACCAACCUCAGAACGGACUGUGGCCACCCAUGCAUGGCGCCCUGCCACCCCGGCUCACCCUGCCCCACAACUAUUUGUAAGGCCAAGGUCGAGCUACAGUGUGAAUGUGGGCGAAGGACAGAGUUGGUGAUUUGCUCCGAAGCGUCCAGCACUUAUCAAAGAAUAGCUGCUAUUUCCAUGGCCUCCAAAAUAACAGAUAUGCAACUUGGAGAUUCCGUGGAGAUCAGCAAGUUAAUCACCAAAAAGGAACUUCACCAAGCCAAGUUGGAGUGUGACGAGGAGUGUUUAGCCUUGGAAAGGAAAAAGCAGUUAGCAGAGGCAUUUCAUAUCAGCGAUGAUUCUGAUCCUUUCAAUGUACGUUCUUCGGCAUCAAAAUUCAGUGAGAGUCUGAAAGAAGAUGCCAGGAAGGACUUAAAGUUUGUCAGUGAAGUUGAGAAGGAAAUGGAAGCCCUCGUGGAAGCCGUGGACAAGGGAAAGACCGGUAAGAAGAGCCACUCAUUCCCUCCCAUGAACAGAGACCACCGCCGCAUCAUCCACGACCUGGCCCAGGUUUACGGCCUGGAGAGCGUGAGCUACGACAGUGAGCCGAAGCGCAACGUUGUGGUCACCGCGGUCAGAGGGAAGUCCCUGUGUCCUCCUUCCUCGCUGACCAGUAUUCUGGAAAGGGAAAUGCAGUCCCGACCUCCACCGCCGAUUCCUCAUCACCGACAUCAGACAGACAAGUAUUCUGGGAGCUGUAAUUUACAGAAAAUAUCCAAGGAGCCAUUAAUCGAUUACUUUGAUGUCCAGGACUAAAAUCACGACAAAGGAGUGAUUAGGUGUGUCAGAGGCCCCUUUGCCAGCAGUUAAAUCAUGCUUGUUCUCAGCUGCCUGGUGGACUCACAGCCUCACAUACUGUCUUGUACUGGUACACCCAGAGCAUGAGAGUGUCCAAACCCCCGUGUCCUCCGUCCUGUCUGUAUAAAGUAUUUCAGUAUGGCCAAGCCCUGACUGGACAGCCCCUGGUUCCUCAGCCCUGGGUGAGCAGAGGCUCAUCACCCGUCACUGUGAUUGCAGGAAGGUCUGGGCGAGCAUUGGACACACUAGAAUUUUAAACAGAAAGUGACUUUGGGGCACUUAGUCAGACCCUCAGCCGUCCUGUUCUUCCUCCUUGAAAAUGCCUGCGACGCAUCAGCUUCGCCUCACUUGUAAUACAAAAAUCUUAUGUUCUUUGGGAAGACAGUGAGUGACCAUCCGCACAGGCCAACAUGCAGUCGCCACGCCAUUUCUGGAACCACACAUGGUGUGUUAAACCCAGCUGUCUAGCCACGGCUUUGGCUGGAAAUACUCCGAGGUCUGUCUAGCUGGACCCAUUUUGUGGUAUCAGUCCCAGACGUAGGAAAGGGGCCCGGCGGCUCUGUAGAACCCCCGAGGCGUUUGUCUCAGGGCAGUGAGCCUGUUUGUUGGCGCUUGCCUCCGUUCCACGGGGCUGGAGUAGGUCACGUCCUGUGGCACAGCAGGACCCCCUGCUCCGGGCUCAGCACUAACUGUGUUGGAUGAGGAAGAGUCUCAUAAAGUGUGGCCCUUCCCAGGCCUGCAGCCAACCAUCCUGGCGCCCCUGAGCUCUGAGCUCUGUUCCUUUUGGAGGGUCUGCUGACAGCCCAGACUGGCAGCUCCUGAAGGCAGGCAUGUUGUCAGUUAUCGCUGGUCUGACUCUCCUCCCACUGACCUCCCCACCUCCGGCAUGGAGCCCUGACUUCCAAUCACGUCCUGCCCCAGAGCCAACUGCCAGCCCCAGGAGGAUCAGAAAGACUGUGUACAUCCCUGACCCCUGCGGGAAGAAGCCCACCCCCGGCCGCCCUGCCCCAGUGCCACACAGGGAGGCCUGUGAGCUCCCACGUCUUCUUUCAGCUUUGUGUUUAAUGGAAGAACUUCUGGGGGGCGGGGUGGGGGGAUGGGAUGAGGUCUUCGGGUGUUCCAGAGAUGCACGCCUGCCCCUGGCAAGCGCCCUUGUAACAUAUCGUCCAAGAAAAGGUACAGACCACCUGAGGCCCGGCCUGGCUCUAGCACAGUGGGGCGUGUGGCCGAUCCCGUGGGAACGCCCCUGAAUAAAUACCCAG